UUGAUUUGUUUGGUAGAUUGGAUCAUUGAAGAAUCACGCUUCUUCUUUGUUAAUUUUGUUUGUGCAAAUAUCUUCUCUGUAAAUUUCAGUUGAUCUUCAAACCUGGUUUUGAUUUAUUUGGGGAUUACCUCAUUUCGUCUCUGCACAUUUAUUUGAUUUCCAGAGAAAAACUAGAAGAAAGGAAGGAGGGAAGAAAGAAAUGGUUCAGUUGAUUUUGGGACUGGAAUGACUUUUUAAAUUUUUAUGUCAAAUCGCCGGUGAAACAACUCAAGAACCGUGAUUUCAGAAACACUGAUGGGAAUACUUCAUUAGUGAUAUCCAUGAGUAAAAUUUCUGUUGUGUUGGAAUAGCAUUUGUUGAUUUUCUUUUUUGCGCAAAUUCAAAUGUGGAAGCUAAAGAUAGGUGCAGAGACAGUAAGCAGUCGCGAUAAUGGAGGUCUAAGAAGCCUGAACAACCAUGUAGGGCGUCAAGUUUGGGAGUUCUGUCCAGAGCUUGGUACCGCAGGAGAGCUCUUGGAAAUCGAGAACGCUCGCAAAAAUUUCCAUGAUAAUCGGUUCCAGAAGAAGCACAGCUCUGAUCUUCUAAUGAGGAUUCAGUUUGCAAAGGAGAAGCCAUGUGAGUCGAAUAUACCACAAGUGAAAGUGAACGAGUUUGAAGAUGUUACAGAUGAGUCAGUGACAUGUACCUUAAGGAGAGCUCUCAAUUUCUAUGCCACAAUCCAGGCGCACGAUGGUCACUGGCCUGGGGAUUAUGGAGGUCCAAUGUUUCUGCUUCCUGGCUUGGUCAUUACUCUAUCUAUUACAGGAGCUCUUGAUACUGUCUUAUCAAAAGAACAUCAAAGUGAGAUGUGCAGAUAUCUCUUUAAUCAUCAGAAUACAGAUGGGGGUUGGGGUCUGCAUAUUGAGGGUCCAAGCACCAUGUUUGGUACUGUCCUAAACUAUGUUACCUUGAGAUUGCUUGGUGAAAGAGCUGAUGGUGGACGAGGCACAAUGGAAAAGGCACAAAGGUGGAUCUUUGAUCAUGGCAGUGCAACUGCAAUUACUUCAUGGGGGAAAAUGUGGCUUUCGGUUCUUGGGGUGUAUGAAUGGUCUGGAAACAAUCCAUUGCCACCAAAAGUAUGGCUUUGUCCAUACAUUCUUCCAGUUCAUCCAGGAAGGAUGUGGUGUCACUGUCGGAUGGUGUACUUGCCAAUGUCGUAUUUAUAUGGAAAGAGGUUCGUUGGGCCAAUUACACCCACAAUUCUAUCAUUAAGGAAGGAGCUUUAUGCAAUUCCUUACCAUGAAGUUGAUUGGAAUAAGGCUCGGAAUACAUGUGCAAAGGAAGAUCUAUACUACCCACAUCCUCUGGUUCAAGAUAUCCUUUGGGCAUCUCUUCACUUCCUAUACGAUCCUGUUUUUUCAUAUUGGCCAGCUAAAAGAUUGAGGGAGAAGACAUUGAAUACUGUAAUGCAGCAUAUUCACUAUGAAGAUGAGAAUACUCGAUAUAUAUGCAUAGGGCCUGUCAACAAGGUGUUAAAUAUGCUUUGCUGUUGGGUGGAAGAUCCACAUUCAGAUGCUUUUAUGCUUCAUCUUCCAAGAAUUUUUGAUUAUUUGUGGAUUGCUGAAGACGGAAUGAAAAUGCAGGGUUAUAAUGGAAGUCAAUUAUGGGAUACUGCUUUUGCUGUCCAAGCAAUCAUUUCAACAGACCUGGCUGAAGAUUAUGGUCCAACUUUAAGGAAGGCACAUGAGUUCAUAAAGGAUUCACAGGUUAACUUUCUAAAAUUAUGUUUUAAUAGUUGGACAAUUUCAAUCAACCCUGCAGAAACUUUUGGUGACAUUGUCAUUGAUUACCCAUAUGUUGAGUGUACCUCAGCAGCAAUUCAAGCACUUGCGUCCUUCAAGCAAUUACAUCCUGAGCAUCGGACAGAAGAAAUAGAAGAUUGUAUUGCUAAAGCUGUGCACUUCAUUGAAGAGAUGCAAACAGCAGAUGGAUCGUGGUAUGGAUCUUGGGGAGUGUGCUUUACUUAUGCUGGGUGGUUUGGAAUAAAAGGGUUGGUAGCUGCUGGUAGAACAUACAAAAGUUGCUCCAGUGUUCGCAAAGCCUGUGAUUUUCUCUUGUCCAAAGAGCUUCCUUCUGGCGGGUGGGGAGAAAGUUAUCUAUCCUGUCAGGACAAGGACUAUACAAACCUCAAGGAUAACAGACCACACAUUGUAAACACUGGGUGGGCAAUGUUAGCCCUUAUUGAAUCUGGCCAGGCUAAUAGAGAUCCAAGGCCACUGCACCGAGCAGCAAAGAUACUAAUAAAUUCUCAACUAGAGAAUGGAGAUUUUCCUCAACAGGAGAUAAUGGGAGUCUUCAACAAAAACUGUAUGAUAAGCUAUGCUGCUUAUAGGAAUAUUUUUCCUAUCUGGGCCCUUGGGGAAUAUCGUACUAAGGUAUUGCAGGUCUCCUGAGUAAUUCUAAGUUACUUGAAAAUGUCUUGGAGUUCUUUUUUCAGAUGAAAUAAAAACCUAUUCGAUUUGUUUAUUACAAGUCUGGUUUCUGAUAUUUAUUUAGAGAAAAAAGUUUGGUUUCUGGUAUCGCACUCUACCUGCAGAAAUUAAUUGCAUGUGUGGCA